AUGAAGGACGCCAAUACAUCUGCACAAUUUGUUCGAGGACCUUCCCAAGCUCGCAAUCCUUGGCCGGUCAUUCUAACCUUCACCGGCCCCGGAAUUCUCCGAUUUCUCUCGGCCUCUCGCAAACUCGCAAAGUGCAAGCAGCAAAACUGUAAAUCCAACCCAACCCUUGCGGCCGAACCCAAACUCUUCCACCUCCGGCCCUCUGCCGACUGCACGAGUCUUUCAGCCCUCCGCCGCCUCCCCUCCCUCUCCUCCAGCUCUCCCUCUCAGCCUCUCUUCCACCUCCGACCGCCUCCAUCUCUCACCAUCGUCUCCGCGUCCGAUUCCGAGUUUCCGACCACUACCGGCUCCGCCCAGUACGCACCGCAAUCCCAAUCCGUCUCUCAGCUGAGUCACAUCUCAGUACGCACCCGCUUGAAGAUAUCGAUUAUUUCGAUGAAGUCUGCUCAGGUGACAGCGUUCAAUUUCCUUUUGAGGAGUACGCAACUAACACUCCCAGAACAAAAGGUGUCCAUGGUGACAGGAAGUACAAAACCUUCAAAAAGAACAAUAUUUCUUGAGAUAUUUGAUAUAAGUCAAUGGCUCCGCGAUAUCCGUAUGCGAGCAACUGCGGAAAAAAAGUAUCAAAUCCGAGAGAUUCCAGAACUUACUGCAACAGAGAUUGAAGAUGCAAUGAAGUUGCGAGCCAGUUUUGACCUGGAUGUGACUUGA